AUGGAUUCCGAGCAGGAAAUCAAGCUCUUCGGGAAGUGGAGUGCAGAUGAUCUGAAUGUUCAUGAUCUCAGCUUAACUGACUACAUUAAUAUCAAGCGAAAAGGAAACCCAAUCGUUCCACAUACUGCUGGUCGCUAUCAAGUUAAGCGGUUUCGUAAAGCACUAUGCCCUUUGGUAGAGCGCAUGUGCUGUUCACUUAUGAUGCAUGGUCGUAAUAAUGGAAAAAAGGUCAAGGCGAUGAACAUUCUAAAACAUACAUUCGAAAUUAUACACUUGCUCUCUGGUGAGAACCCAAUCCAUGUGCUUGUCAAUGCCGUGCUUAAUAGUGGUGCACGAGAAGAUUCAACUCGUAUCGGUCGUGGUGGUACUGUCCGACGUCAGGCAGUUGAUGUCUCUCCCCUACGAAGAGUAAACCAGGCAAUUUAUCUUUUGUGUACUGGAGCUCGAGAAGCAGCCUUCAGAAAUGUUAAGACCAUAUCAGAAUGCUUAGCUGAUGAACUUCUAAAUGCCGCUAAAGGCAGUUCGAAUUCCUAUGCAAUCAAAAAGAAGGACGAGUUGGAACGUGUUGCAAAAUCUAACCGUAUAUUGGAAUCCUUUGGGCUUAUAGAGCGUGUUGCAUGCGGGACCUAUAUCACCAUUUGUUUCAAAAUGUUAGAAAUACUUGUUUUGCUAUUGUUUUUACCUUGUGAAGGAGCAUCGAUAGUAGACGGUGUAAGAAUGUGUUGAAACAAUCGUCACUAAAGAGCAUAGUCUGUAAAGCAGACGGAUACAGCUAGGUUCCUGAACUCUUUGUGAAUCCUGUAUUUGAUAUGACCAACCGUGAAUUUGUAUACUAGUUACCCGAUUGUUGUCACUGAACAAGUGCCUUGAGUUAUUUAAAGUUAGUCGACUCCCGGCUAAUCAACGAGUAUAUGGGCUCAGAAUAUCGUUUAAAUAAUCGUGGUAUCGGUCAAAAUACUCUCAUUUCAAUAGAAAACCGACUAACUAAAGGCUUUUGUCUUUUUAAAAUUUAUCAAUUAUUCGGUUCUACACUCAUGUUUAAAAUCCCUUAUCAAGCGGAACUGCAUUAAUUUUAGUUUGCGGAUAUCAUUUAAUCCAGAACAUAUGCUCUCUUUGAGUAUUGCGAUCCAAGUACUUGGUGAUUUCAUUUCUAAUCGCUAGACGAUUUCUAGAAUUAUCUGUCCGUAAUCAAGGAAGUGAUGCCCCAUUACUUUUGUAAAAUAGUUCGAGUAGCAGUCAUGAAUCUAUACAGACCCUAUUUGUCACCAAAUUUUCUCAUUGGUGUCAAAACCUCUAUAUGUUUGUUCCUACUAUCGAAGGUAGUCGGCCUUUGAUGUUUCAUUGCUUACAAGUUUAUCCAUUUUUACUGUUGUUUUGCAUAAGUUCGCGCAAGAAGACCAAGUCGCACCUUUAGUUUAUGAUACCAAUUUCUUGGUUUUCAACUUGUCACAUUGAUUUUAUAACUUACUAAAGCGCGAGUCAGAGUUUAGAGCUUUUCUGCGUCCGUUGAAGUAGUUAUAAUUAUCGGAAUUCGCUCAUCGCAGAAGCUCGUUAUUGUGUUUAACAGCACUUUCCCGUAUAUGAUGCAUAAGCGACUAAUUGAAUUAACGAUUAGUAAUUUUAUCAUCUUUUCUUAUGUCUUAAACGUCAUUAAAAGGAGCGAUUGCAACUUCUAGAAGUAGUGAAUAUUGUGCGACUUGUCCCAUCGUGAUCUUCCGAUACUGGUACUUGCUUCUCAGCGAGAAAAUAUAUAAAGACCUCUAAUUUUUCAAGUAUCUAGUACAUGAAUAAGCUUAAAAUUGUAUAGAAUAAAUUAGAUUAGUCGUUUAACUGAGUCGACAUAUGGUUCCUGAUUUGUCUCAUUUUACAGUACAUAUGCAACACCCGGUAAAUAGGUUAGUGUUAUGUCACAUGUUCUAUAAUGACAGCUUCUAAAGAAGCUUAUUAGAGUCAAGUUUACCGUUGUGUUUGGCGAUCAAUUUCUUGUCAUCUUGCUUCUUUAGUUUGAUUCGUUAGUUAGGCUAAACAUAUCCACGAUUCGUUGGACACACCUUCCAAAUUCUAAUUAACUUAGUUUGGUUGGCCGACGUCAAAAAACGGUUGCAGGCAUUUUCAAGACCGUUGUCUUCUGGAUGCACUGACUAUAAAUGAAUCAUUUCGGUAAGUGUUCUUUGUUGGUAUCUACGUUAAGGUAUGCGAACGAUCGUUCAGUUUUCUGAAUACAAACUGUUGAGAGUAACAAUUCCUUGAAACAGUUGAUAUAUUUGUUGUUAGCCUUAUUGGUCAUGUAUCCUCGCAGAA